GAUUUAUAUUAUUUAAUUAUAUAACAAGAAACAAAGAACCACAUCCCAACAACAUUAAUAAACUCCACUCCCUCAAAUAAAGCUACAUUAGUCAAACAAAAUUCAAACUCAACACCCCCAAAUUAAUUACACCACCACUUAAUUAAUAAAUAAACCUCGAAAAACUCUUUAAUUCAAAUUGAAACACAAAAAAUCUCUCUUCAUCUUCACACACACACUCUUUCUGCAACUCAUUUCUUCCUUGCAUGCAUUUGAUAAAGAUUGGAUUUUUACUCACAAAAAACAAAAAAAUGAACCACCGGAGCUUCGAAUACGGUCUCAUUCAGUUAUUUUACUUCAUUUCUCUCUCUUCGUCGCUGAAUUUAGACGGUUUCUCUCUCUUAGCUCUCAAAGCAUCCAUUACAAAAGACCCAACACAAGCUCUGAUUUCCUGGUCCGACUCCGAUUCAACUCCGUGCAGUUGGGCUGGAAUCACCUGCGAUCGCACCCACAGUAGUAGGGUCAUCUCCAUUUCACUCCCCAACAAGAAUCUCACCGGCUACAUCCCAUCAGAAAUUAGUGCGCUCGCUUUUCUCACUUCUCUUGAUCUUUCACACAACUCUUUCGGUGGACCGCUGCCGCACCAGAUCACCGCCCUCCAAACCCUAGUUCAUCUAGAUGUGUCUUCCAAUAAUCUCAACGGCUCACUCCCUGAAAGCUUAAGCAGUUUGACCCAUUUGACCGGGACUCUGAAUCUUUCGUUUAACGCAUUUUCCGGCGAGAUUCCGGCGAGUUUUGGCCGGUUUCCGGUGAUGGUCAGCCUUGACCUCCGGUGUAAUAACCUCACCGGAAAAAUUCCUCAGGUGGAGUCGCUGUUGAACCAGGGGCCAACUGCAUUUUCUGGGAACCCUUUUCUUUGUGGGUUUCCGUUAAGCAAAGUGUGUGAAGUUCAAGAAGAUGAAAAUCCAAGAUUCUUGAAUAUUCCUCAAAAGCCUGUUAAUGCAGGGGUGCCCUCAAAUGGGGUUGUGGAGAAUAAUAAAAAAAUAAAUGGGGGUCCAUUGACAAUUUCUGUGAUUUCAGGGGUUUGUUUGGUAAUUGGGGUGAUGUUUGUUUCGGUUUGGGUGAUCAAGAAAAGAUGGAAGAUUGAAAAAAAGUUGGGUAAGGAAAAUGUGAGCUCGGAGGAGGUGGUGGUGGUGGUGAGGAGUUGUGAGGAAGGGCAAAAGGGUAAAUUUGUUGUUAUGGAUGAAGGGUUUGCUUUGGAGUUGGAGGAUUUGUUGAGGGCGUCGGCUUAUGUCGUCGGAAAAAGUAGGAGUGGGAUAGUGUACAAGGUGGUGGUUGGUGGUGGUGGAAGGGCGGUGAGCGGUCCGGUGGUGGUUGCGGUGAGGCGGAUGAGCGAGGGUGAUGUGGCGUGGCGGCUUAAGGAGUUCGAGGCUGAGAUGGAGGCCAUCGGUAAGGUUCAACACCCCAACAUUGUGAGGUUAAGGGCUUAUUACUACGCUAGCGACGAAAAAUUGGUGAUUUCCGAUUUCGUUCGGAACGGGAGCUUGUACAAUGCAUUGCAUGGUGGACCGGGGAACACCUUGCCUUCAUCACUAUCAUGGUCCGAAAGGCUAAAAAUUGCUCAAGAAAGCGCAAAAGCCCUAACGCACAUCCACGAGUGGGGCCCGAAAAAAUACGUCCACGGGAAAAUAAAAUCGUCGAAAAUCCUCCUCGACGACAACCUAAAACCCUACAUCUCCGGUUUUGGACUAUCCCGCCUUGAUCCGAAGCAAAUUCCGAACCAAGGUAUCGUGGGCCCCACCAAAAGCUCACUCCUCGCCUACGUGGCGCCCGAAGCUCGAGCCGCGGGGUCGAGGCUCACACAGAAAUGCGAUGUCUAUUCUUUUGGUAUCUUGCUUCUAGAAAUGCUCACCGGUCAACUCCCGGUCAACUACAAGAACGACGGUGGUGAUUGUAAGGGGAUCGAGGGAUUGGUGAGGAAAGCGUUUAGUGAGAAAAGACCUUUGUCGGAGAUUAUAGACCCGUCUCUAUUGCAUGAAGCUCGUGCGAAGAAACAAGUUGUUGCUACGUUUUAUGUUGCGUUGAAUUGUACGGAAUUCGAUCCGGAAUUGAGGCCGAAGAUGAGGUCUGUUUCCGAUAAUCUUGAUCGAAUCAAACUGCAAUGAACGAGCUAGCUAGGUAUAAUGAAAAUGAAUUAGAUGUGUUAUGUUGUUAAUUUAGAAAUAGAAUCUAUAAAAUGGUGGGAUUUGUAAGAUUAUGAUUUUUUUUUUCUUUUUCUUUUUUCUCGAAUAAUUUCUAUGAUUUAA